AGCAUUUCCUAACACAAAAUCAGGUGAUUUGCAAAGACAAUGUACAGUAUUUUGGAAUGCAAUUAAAAAGGAUGAAGAUUUUAGAAGUAAAUUAAAUAGUAAACUUCACGAAUUGUCUGACAUAAUAAGGAAAAAAGAGCCAAAUUGGACAUGUUUUGGACAAAAGCUCGAGAUGUAAGACAUGACCAAACUGAACAAAAUGAGGUUGUAAAUUUACCAAAAUCAUCUUCGUCUAACCAAAAGGAUCUAACUGACAAUAAUGAAAGCAUAUUAUUAGAUGUAACAGAAAAUAGCAAUGUAAUUCAGGAAAAGAAAAGAGUGACUCCUGCUCAAGAUCGACUAAAAGAUCGAAUCCGAAUAUUAAAUUCAGAAAUAGUAGCGCUUACUGUCAGAAACAAUGUAAAUUUUUUAAGUUACGAUGAAAAUGCGGAGCUGGUAAAGAAAAAAGGGAAUUAAUAGAGGUUAAAAAACAAUUAGAAGCAAAAGAAAACAUUUAAGAACGAUCUUCGAAAUACCGACAAAAUAGAAAACGGGUACUAGAGGAAUUAUGUGAAAACAAUGCAGCAUUAAAAAAGCAACUUCGUCUUAGGGAUAAAGAGGGCCGCCCUUCAAUUGAAGAAGACCAACCAGAACUUUUGAAGACCAUCGUCAAUAUUGCUAUUUUUGGUAGUGCGGCUCAUGAAAGACGACAGACUGAAGCAAUAAGAAGCAUUAAAACUUUAGAUGAACUAACCACAUCGUUGAAAAAUGAUUUUGGAUUUACUCUAAGCAGGUCUGCAGUUUACUUACGCCUUAUCCCUCAUAGAUCUGAUACUUUAGAAGGAAAGAGACACAUUUCUACAGUGCCUGUUAAACUAACAAAAGCACAAAAUGAAAAUCAUAAAAAAAACAAGCCCCUUUGCUAAUGCAUUUAGAAUACAGGGUAUCAUUACCCGAUCACGAUUGGGUUGUUGCUCCUGCACAUAAACUCAUACCAUCCGUUUAUGCAGGAGUUAACAUCGAACCAAAUAAGUUCGGAAAACUUGACGCAGUGACGUAUUCUGGGCCUACUUACAUUGCAAUCCGCUCCGCAAAACAUUCUUCAUCUACAGCAUAUUCCCAUGUUGUAGAUGUCGAGAAACUUAUGAAGUUACCAGAAUUCGAUGAAAUAUUAAAAAUAAAUAAUUACUUAGGUGAACAGGUAAUUAAACCUAUUGGGAUUUUUACUGUCGAUGGUGGACCUGACGAGAAUCCACGAUAUUCUAAAGUUAUUUCGGCUUCGAUUCAUCAUCUCAUUAAAUACGACCUUGAUGCUCUUUUUGUAGCGUGUAACGCUCCAGGCCGAAGUGCCUACAAUAUUCGAAUUUUCUAUGUAUUAAUUCACA